AUGGUUUCUGGCUCUCCCAGCUUCGAUUUCGGGUUCCCUUCUCUCGCAGUCGAGCUGGUUGAGCUGAUCACGGCUUACCUCGACAACAACUCUUUGCUUGACCUCCGCGUGACGUGUCGCGGUCUUCAGAAGAAGACGUUCAACCAAUUUUCUCGUCGUUUCUUCUCGUCCGUCAAGACAGAUUUGUCCGUAGAUAGUCUGGGCCGCAUCGAAGCGCUCUCCCGUCAUCAGGCACUUCGUCGUCAAGUACAAGGCUUGGCAUUCAUGCUCCAGAAUGGUGUCGGGGAGGGACUAUCGUGGGAUCGACAUCCCUGGGGUCCUCUGUCAGCCCCGCUGGAGAUUGCAGAGAUUGAACGUCUGCGCGAUAGUCUCGUCCACCGAUUCACAAAUUGUCGCUCAUUUUUCAUCUUCUGUCGAUAUCCAGAGGGACAUCCGGACAUGAGCCGGGUGACCGUUUCCGACGCCGUGGCGGUGUUUUUCGCAUUGCUUAUGGAUGCGCAAAUUUCCGCGACAUCGUUUCAUUUGGUGUACGCCAACAAGUACUCUCGCACUCUCGUCAUGGAUAUGCGACGGAUGCCGAAACUUAUUUAUAGACAACCUCAAUUCAGAGCAGUUUGGUCAAAUUUGCAGAAACUGUCGCUCGAGCAGUACCUCACUCUCGACAACUUUGUGUUUCUGCUCGAACUCGUGCUCAAUGCUCCGAAUCUUCGGACACUCCUCCUCAAUUUGGGCUCGCAUGACCUUGCCAGUGAAUUCAUGCAUGAAGUAGCCGAAACGGCCUCAUUUUCCCAACUGCAAGAGCUGGCCUUAUUCAGAACCGCGGUACAAAUACCUGAUUUGAAGAAAAUCCUGCACGGGUUGCGGGGUAGCCUGACCAACCUGACAUUAUAUCAUGUCUCGCUGACACCAGACGAGAAUUGGGUUUCUGUUUUGGAAGAGUUGAGCUCGAACUUUGAAUCUCUGCAAAGUAUCUCCCUCUAUUAUUUGUGGGCGACAGCGCCGACGAAAGAACUGCUCUCGUUUCCGGAUAUACAUAAAGCUCCAGAGUUACACGGGACCCCUAAGGAGAAGCUGCACAUGUUAUAUUCGGAGAGUCUCCAGAGUCCUUCUGUCUUGGGAAUUGAGUAUUCGGGGUCGAAGAUGCCAUAUGUCUUGAAACUUUUGCAGGCAACCUCCUAG